CUGAAACAGAAGCACCAUGACUGGACGUGGAAAGGGAGGCAAGGGACUCGGCAAGGGAGGCGCCAAGCGUCAUCGCAAGGUGCUGCGUGACAACAUCCAGGGCAUCACGAAGCCGGCCAUCCGCCGUCUGGCCCGUCGCGGCGGAGUCAAGCGCAUCUCCGGCCUCAUCUACGAGGAGACCCGCGGUGUGUUGAAGGUGUUCCUUGAGAACGUGAUCCGCGACGCCGUCACCUACACCGAGCACGCCAAGAGGAAGACCGUCACCGCCAUGGACGUUGUCUACGCCCUCAAGCGCCAGGGCCGCACCCUCUACGGCUUCGGCGGCUAAGCUGUUUUGCCUUCACCCUA